GUGUAAUUGUUUAGCUUUCAGCCGUGGAAGAACAUGAUUAAACUAACUUAUCACUAAUCUUCGAUGCGAAGCUGCCGUGAAGUUUCUCGCAAACAGACUGUACGACGACGAAAUAUAUAACUGAGGACCGAGGCGGCCGGAGCAGAUACACAUACACCCCGGCGAAAAAUCAGUCGGGCGGAGCAACGCCGCCGCGAUGUCGUCGGAGCCGGUGAGGCUCAUCGGCGCCUUCGGCAGCCCGGUCGUGCACCGCGCGGAGCUGGCCCUGCGCCUCAAGGGCGUCCCCUACGAGCUCAUCGAGGAGGACCUCAACAACAAGAGCGAGCUGCUGCUCACGCACAACCCCGUCCACAAGACCGUCCCCGUGCUCCUCCACGGCCACCGCUCCAUCCCGGACUCGCUCGUCAUCGUCGAGUACAUCGACGAGGCCUUCCCCGGCGGCCCGCCGCUCCUUCCCGUAGACCCCCUCGCCCGCGCCAACGCCCGCUUCUGGGCAAGAUUCCUAGAAGAGAAGUUCAAGAAGCCUCUGUGGAUCGCGCUGUGGACGGACGGCGAGGCGCAGGCGGCGUCGGCGAAGGAGACGAAGGCGAACCUGACGCUGCUGGAGGCGCAGCUGCCGGAGGGGAAGAGGUUCUUCGGCGGCGACGCCAUCGGCUUCCUCGACAUCGCCGUCGGCGGGGCGCUCGCGCACUGGAUGGGGGUGGUCGAGGAGAUGGCCGGCGUGCGGCUGCUCACCGAGGAGGACCACCCGACGCUGUGCCGCUGGGCGAGUGCGUACAGGACCAACGAGACCGUGCGGCAGUGCCUCCCCGACAGGGACCGCGUGCUCGCCGCCUUGGCUGCGAGGAAGGACCUCUACGUCUCCAUUGCCAAGGCCAUGGCUGCAGAGAAGUAGCUCAUUUCACGACGAGGAAGGGGAUAUCAUACAAGCAAGUCAAUGCUUCUGGUUCUGGACUUGUAUGCAUGUGGAUACAUGCGGAUCCGAUGGAAUAAAAAAGAGCAAGUGAUCGCCUGUGAGAGUUAUAUUAUUGCCUACUUA